UCUUUCUCUCGCUCCCUCCCUUGUCACAUUAACAUCCAUGAAGAGGUCGCACGUGUGAAUAACAUCUCGGUUUAACUACCGUUACACAUAUUUUGUAUACAUAAAUCUAUGUAUAUAUUUACAUAUAUAUACACACGCGCUAGCAUUUCCAGACAUAAUGUAAAACAUCGUUUGUUGGUCAUUUCCUGAAAAAAAUCUUUCCAUGCAGUGGAAUAGAGAGAGACCUCUGCAGGCAACUAAUGAACAAUAAAUAACAAUUCCAGGAGUAUAUUUUAACCCUCAACUGUCUAGCAAUGAAGACUUUUAAAUCAUAUUCUGGCAUUAAAAUCAAAGUGGACUCAACACAAAGACGCUCAAUGAAGGAUACAACUGUUAAUAUUCCACUAUCAGGAGAUGAGAAGAAUGGCAAAGAACUUGUUAAUGGAUGCCUUUGGCGGAUUAUGCUUCUUUUUGGGGUGUUCAUAUAUGGAUCUUAUACAGUAUUGGUGCAUCUCUGUGAAAAAGAUGGCAAAAUUCCUUUUAGUUCUUCAUCAAUGGUUCUGAUCACAGAAAUAAUGAAGAUUGUGAUCUCUGUAACCUUAUUUUCCAUCGACAGCUGGAAAACUGGCUUCCAGGUUCCAUCUUUUUGGUUUUGUAUUCCAUUCGCAGUUCCAGCCAUUCUGUACUUCAUAAAUAACAACAUAGCUGUACAUAUGCAACUACAAAUGGACCCCACAACUUACCAGGUCUUGAGUAAUUUAAAAAUAGCCACUACAGCUUUAUUAUACCGGUUAAUUAUUAAACGGCCUAUAACAUCAAUACAGUGGAUAUCUCUUGGUUUGUUAACUGUUGCUGGUGUUUUUGACAGUUAUGGUGGCUUCCAAGCGAAAGGUGGUAAAACUGCUGGAGAAAUCCAUAUAUCUAUUAAAGGUUUAUUCAUGAUUGUCCUCUACUGCUUCAUUUCUGGACUCUCCGGGGUCUACACAGAGUAUAUUCUGAAACAAAAUUCUCAGAGUUCCCUUCAUUUGCAAAAUAUUUUAUUAUAUUCCUUUGGUAUUGUACUCAAUUUUGGUAUGUGGACAAUUCAAGCCAGCAAUCAUUAUGAAGAAAAAGAUAGUUUUUCCCUUUUCAAAGGAUAUUCUGUAUACACAUGGAUCAUUAUCAUUACUCAAGCUGUCAAUGGUCUCAUCAUGUCCGCCGUCAUGAAACACGCCAGCAACAUCACUCGUCUAUUUAUCAUCUCCUGUGCUAUGCUCAUCACCACUGUACUUUCCAUCCUCAUCUUCAAUCUCCAGCUGAACAUCUACUUUGGUUGUGCCUUCAUUUGUGUUAUUAUAGCCUUGGCUCUUUACCACACCUAAUGGCCUGGUGGGGUGGAGAGGCUGUCCCCUGGUCACAGUGGCGGCGGCAGUGGUGGUGGUGGUGUGGUGGUGGUGGUGGUGGUGGUUGGUGGUUGGUGGUAGUGGCGUCAGCGGCGGUAGUGGAGUUGGGAUUGAGUGAAAUUAGUCAUUUGGCCAUUGUUACAUGCAGUGUGUGAGGGGGGGGGUGCCUUGGGAGAGAGAGA